AUGGAGCCGAAAAAGGUGGACAUUAUUGCUGGCGGGAUCAUGCAUGAACUGUUUUGGUAUGGAGUACCAAACGAUCGAAAUAUGCUGUCAGCAAGUGCGUUAGUAUCCCCGGCGUACUAUCAUAUGGUAGUGAAAGCUUAUGAGGCGUAUAUUAAAGCUGGCGCGACGAUGAUCACGACGAACAAUUACUACGUGGCCCCGGGCGUGGGGUUCACCUCGGACGAAAUACGCGCGUACACGGAGACUGCAGGGGAAUUGGCAUCUGAUGCUCGCGCGCGAUUCGACGUGAAAAGUCAAGUCCAAAUUUGUGGAUCUCUACCACCACUGAUGUACAGCCUCCGGUCAGACCGUACAAUUGAGCACCAAGAAGGACUCGAUACGUACUUGCUGAUUGGCGAGGCUUUGCUCCCAUCGGUUGACGUGUUUCUAGCCGAGACGAUGUCGUCACUUGCUGAAGCGAAGCUGGCAUUUGAGGGUGUGCGACCACUGAAAAUGCCCGUUAUAGUGUCGUUUGCUCUCAAUAGCACUGGUCAGCUGCGCAGUGGUGAAGAAGUGGUUGGCAGCGUCCGAAGUCUGAUUGAGUUCUGCACUAGUUGUUCGGAGUUGUCUCCGGACGAACAUGAAGGCGCAGAUGAUCUAUUGCAAGGCAUCUUGUUCAACUGCUCACAGCCGGAGGAUAUAACGAAAGCUAUCAAGCAAAUGACGGAGGACCUUGAGCUGGUGGACAUGAUGAAAAAGCACGAAAUCCGUGUGGGUGGCUAUGGCGACCGCAUUUCGCCAAAGUCUAAGGCAGGUGCCAUGGAGGAAUCACUGGUGCCAGGUGCGCUCCAGUCAGCCGUGGACAUGGAGGUUUUUGGCAAGUUUGCCAUGCGCUGGAUUGACGACGGCGCCAGUAUCGUUGGCGGCUGCUGCGGUGUUUCGCCCGAAUAUGUGCAACAUAUUGGAGAGAUUCUUUCGCAAGAAUACGAUCACGCAGAAGAUUCAAUUGAGUAA